AAGAUAAAAAUGAAUCGGGACUACGACUAGUUUGUUCGUACUAUGUUGUUCAUCUUCUACAGUACUGGACCACUGAGCCUGCUGUCGAUGCAGUGACUCUAUACUGGUUCUUGUUUCGGUUCUCCUCGCAGUUCUCCCGCAUCAAUCACCAUGACGAGGGCUCACCGAUCGUCACCUUCGUCUACGAGCCGGGGCGAACAAUUCUUCGCAUUGUCAUCUCCUGCUCCUUCGCAUGAUCAAGAACAUGUCGCUCUUCCGCAAGAGCGUUUUGUUUCUAUGGCGCCCCCUGCACACCACGGUCAUGGUGCGCGCCACCUCCAACAUCCCUGGACCUCGUUUUUCAUCAAGUGCCCCCAAGGCUACAUGUGCGCCUCCCAGAUCGGAGUCAUCGCGCCGGGGCACGUCGAGGGGCAGAAGGAGUCCGGUGUGAUCAACGAGGAAAACCUAUGAGAGCGGCAGGAUCGAAAUCAACAGAAUCGAAAUAAGUAAUUUGUGAUGCACAAAAUCGAUACCAAUUGGGGCCUUAGUUUCCAAGUGGCACAUGGCAAAUUUCGCAAGCACCAGAAUCCGGUCUGUCAUGCUGUUUGGGCAAAGAAGACUGCUCCUGUGAUGCUACUCUGGCAGCGCAUCGCCUUCCCCUAAACAGGCUUGCAACCGGUCUCAUUUGCUUGCUCCCCAAGACAGGCCAUGCGUGCUCUGCAUUUUGUGCAUUACAAGUUUUUCGAUUUUGUCGAUGUCGAUCCUGACAGUUCCAUAAAACCCCUUCACGUUCGAAGAGGGUUGUCCCGCAAACGGAUACCUGAACGCGCGGAACAUUUGUGUGCCGGUAUAAAUUUAUGUUUCAUGAUGUACAACUUGAACAACACCAAGCUUUUUGCUUUCUAUGUAGUUGUACUUGAUGUAUCCACAGAACGAACCAGCGACAGCGACAACAAUUGUUCUCUCGUCUACUUGACGGCCCACUGCUCACAAUUGAUACAGACCAACGACCCGGCGCCGAUCAAGAGUCGCGACGAGUUUCAGCCCCCGUUCGUGGGGGAAGGAUGCAGCUGGCUGUGACCGUAGUGCCACCGUGUAAACGGCGUCGAGCGACGGCAGUAGGUGGGCAGCCAGUUUGUUCUCUCUCCCGCAGGCGGGCGCUGGGGCGCUAUUUUGCAACUUUUCCAAAAGGGAGUGGAAAUGUCGCAACAAAUCCAGCUCCCGCGCGCGGGGGAAAGAACAAAAUGGCUGCGGCCGUAGUGCCAACGUGUAAGCGCUGGCUGCCACACGACGGCACUACGUGGGCAGCCAUUUUGUGCUUUCUCCCGCAAGGGGGGGCUGGGGCUUUUGCAAAUUUCCCAAAAGCAAGAGUAGCAAACGGCCCAGCUCUUCUCCAGUGCAACCGCCGCGCAAAGAAGCUCAUCGCGCGGCGUCUCUUUUCGUUCUUUGCCCCGCUAUUUCCCUGAUUCGUAGGCGCGAUUUUGCGCCGAGCCGUUGUCGCGAGGUUCAUUUGUGUUGGGUCUAGUCUAUGCUGGUUGGCAUGUUGGAAAGAAGACCGAUGGAAAUGUGCAGAACGCAUCAAAAUGCCAUCGGUCUACGUAUGGCAACCCAACAUAAUCAGAACAGAGUCCAGAUAUCAAUCGGCUUUUGGAGCGAAACACGAGGGGGCUACACUUAGGAAUCACUUAGGCCAAAUGGUCCUUUAUUGAGAAAGUCCACUAGUAACAAUUGAUACAGACCAACGACCCGGCGCCGAUCAAGAGUCGCGACGAGUUUCGGCCGUGCCAGACGUGGAGCACGAAGGGGUUUGACGAGCCUGCCUGCACUAUCAAGUGCAAAUAUGUCUGGGUCUGGAACGAAGCAACUUGUCUUGCUAAAUCUGAAUAGUGUAUAAAGUCUGUGUUGCAUGUAUGAUUACCAAAAGCAGCUGUCCACUUACACUUUGGACCUAAUCGAGAGGCAGUUUCUCAUGCAGGAUAGGCAUGAUAGAAUGCUCACAGAAUCUGUCAUGCUAUGUCCUACGUACCAGACCUCAUGGGUCAUGGGAAACCUGCAUGACAAGUCUGGCACUCUUCCAGACCCAGACAUAUUUGCAAUCCAUAUGCACCCACGGGGGCGUGACCGGAUGCGUGUGCGUGCUGAAGAACAGUGCGGUUGAGUCCCCGGGCGCGCAGAACCGCGCGGGCACGCGGGAGUUCCUGCUGCCGGCGGUGGCGGGGGAGCAGCAGGCGAUUGCCAAAAACGUGAACUACAAGCUAGAGACGGGCGGUGGCGCCGACAAGGAAGUCCCCUUCGCCAGGGAAUCCGGUUUGAAGGGACAGAAAACGGCGGUGGAUAUACCAGAAAUGAACUCGGGGGACGAGGAGGAACAAGGAGGCGAAAGUGCGGACUCCUCGGAGACGAAAGCUGCGAACCCGACGUUGCAUGUGCGUCGGCACUACCCGGGGGACCUGCGGACCGGACUUCCGGGAAUCACGGAUAACACGUGGCAGCACAACAUGGUCUCCUACAUCCAGGGCAGUCGGUAUCUGCGGCCGAUCUCGCACCGCCAGUGGCUCGGCGAGGACCCGCGACUCGCGAAACCCGGCAAGCGGCUCACGCGGGUCAGCCGCGCGAUCCGGGCCGCGCGCAACGUCAUGCGCGACCUGGUGGACCAGGCCCGUGGCUUGGGGCUGAACCUGCGGGCCCAGGAUUCCGCCGCGGCGCAGGCCAAGGAGGGAGACAAGGGAAACAAAUUUUGCGCCAAUUUGAAGAAAGACGAAAAUGCGAUGUGGGAAAUCGCCAACGGGCUGCGGUUCGUGCAGCGGGCGAACCAGGCCUGUUUGCGCCUGCAGGAAGACUCUUUGCAGAUGAUGACGACCUCCAAAAAGGAAGACGAGUUGUCCAACGGUACCCCUUAUCAAGUGUAAAAGUGUCUGGGUAUGGAAGACGCCCAGAAAAGCGCCGGAAGUGCGUCGCUUUUAUUUACGUGAGAUUUGCGCGAGAUUUGCGCGAGAUUUAGAAAAUAGUAGGAAUGUUGCCAAAUCCGUCGGGCAGCUUUUUGAGGCGAGAACCCCCUCCGUGAAUAUUUUCGAGUAUUCAGGCGGACGGCCCGGGGCGGGGGUGCUGACUAAAUUCGCGCUAUAAUCUGGCUAAAUUUUUCCGCAGGCCGCGCAGCUUUUCGGCCCCACAUUGAUGGGCCGCGCGCCUUUGCCCGGCCUGCGCCCGCCUCGUGCGUGGGGCGGCCGGGCGCCGGGGGCGUUCCGCGGCUUCGCGCGAGGCCCUUUGCGCUCCUUUUUCGGCGGUGCCCCCCGUGGCGCCGCCCUCGUGCGAUUUAAAAUUUAAAAAUUCGGAGUGGUUUCCGUCCGAAUUUUUAAAUUUUGCAAAGGCCGGCCCGCGCCCCUGCCGGCUUCGCGGCCCCGCGCCACCGCCCGCCGGGCGAGUUCGCCGCGCUGCCGGACCCCCGGAUCCGGAAUUCGGGGAAGCUAAAUCGGACGGAUAAAUCUUCGUGAUUUUCCGCAGAAAUUUGGCUAACCGGACGCCUAAAAUGCCGCUAAAAGUGCGCUAACUUCCCCGCUAAAUAUGUCGCUAAGUAUGUCGCUAAAUAUCGCGCUAAAUGUGCUGCUAAAUCCGACAGCAGGGAAAUCCCACUGGAUUUGGAUCCGCGGACCAAAUUUAGAAGAUUCCCGGUCGGAAUUUAGAACACAUUUAAAACGAUAUUUAGAAACAUAUUUAGACACAUAUUUAGACACAUAUUUAGAAGCAUUCCAAGUGGAUUUCAGCCGCACCUUCCACCCGCGAUCCGAUCGCGUGUGAAAGGUCCAGCUGACUCUCCGGGGGCGAAGGGCAAGGUGUUCUUCCGUCGAGCGCGGGACGUAAGCUCCGCGCGCAAGCUUGGGUAGGUCGGCGGGCGUUGACUUGAAGUUGCCCGGCCGCUCCCGGCAAGCAAGGUCCGCAGCAAGGUUCCAAGCUCCCCGGGCGUGAUGGCCGGGUGGCCGCGCCGCACGGCCCGGGCCGAGCGAAGGCCCCGGCGCCCGCUCUGCGGCGCUUGGCAGAGCGGGGGCGGCGGUUGUUUUCCCGCGGGCUUUUUCUGCUUUGCCUCUUAGGCAGUUUCCUGUCUUUGGGGCCAAACUAUUUAGCGGGAAAAUAGAACAAAUUUAGCGCGUUACACCGCCCCGCCUCGUCCGUCUGAGAGUAUGUUCGCGAAUGUGCUUGAGUUGGAAACAUUCACGGAGGGGGUUUUCGCCUCAAAAAGCUGCCCGAGUUGGCAAUAUUAUUAAUAUUCAGGAAUAUUUAUUGGCGAAUAUACUUGAAAAUAUUCACGGAGGGGGUUUUCGCCUCAAAAAGCUGCCCGAGUUGGCAAUAUUAUUAAUAUUCAGGAAUAUUUAUUGGCGAAUAUACUUGAAAAUAUUCACGGAGGGGGUUUUCGCCUCAAAAAGCUGCCCGAGUUGGCAAUAUUAUUAAUAUUCAGGAAUAUUUAUUGGCGAAUAUACUUGAAAAUAUUCACGGAGGGGGUUUUCGCCUCAAAAAGCUGCCCGAGUUGGCAAUAUUAUUAAUAUUCAGGAAUAUUUAUUGGCGAAUAUACUUGAAAAUAUUCACGGAGGGGGUUUUCGCCUCAAAAAGCUGCCCGAGUUGGCAAUAUUAUUAAUAUUCAGGAAUAUUUAUUGGCGAAUAUACUUGAAAAUAUUCACGGAGGGGGUUUUCGCCUCAAAAAGCUGCCCGAGUUGGCAAUAUUAUUAAUAUUCAGGAAUAUUUAUUGGCGAAUAUACUUGAAAAUAUUCACGGAGGGGGUUCUCGCCUCAAAAAGCUGCCCGAGUUGGCAAUAUUAUUAAUAUUCAGGAAUAUUUAUUGGCGAAUAUACUUGAAAAUAUUCACGGAGGGGGUUUUCGCCUCAAAAAGCUGCCCGAGUUGGCAAUAUUAUUAAUAUUCAGGAAUAUUUAUUGGCGAAUAUACUUGAAAAUAUUCACGGAGGGGGUUCUCGCCUCAAAAAGCUGCCCGAGUUGGCAAUAUUAUUAAUAUUCAGGAAUAUUUAUUGGCGAAUAUACUUGAAAAUAUUCACGGAGGGGGUUCUCGCCUCAAAAAGCUGCCCGAUUUGGCAAUAUUAUUAAUAUUCAGGAAUAUUUAUUGGCGAAUAUACUUGAAAAUAUUCACGGAGGGGGUUCUCGCCUCAAAAAGCUGCCCGAGUUGGCAAUAUUAUUAAUAUUCAGGAAUAUUUAUUGGCGAAUAUACUUGAAAAUAUUCACGGAGGGGGUUCUCGCCUCAAAAAGCUGCCCGAUUUGGCAAUAUUAUUAAUAUUCAGGAAUAUUUAUUGGCGAAUAUACUUGAAAAUAUUCACGGAGGGGGUUCUCGCCUCAAAAAGCUGCCCGAUUUGGCAAUAUUAUUAAUAUUCAGGAAUAUUUAUUGGCGAAUAUACUUGAAAAUAUUCACGGAGGGGGUUCUCGCCUCAAAAAGCUGCCCGAGUUGGCAAUAUUAUUAAUAUUCAGGAAUAUUCAUUGGCGAAUAUACUUGAAAAUAUUCACGGAGGGGGUUCUCGCCUCAAAAAGCUGCCCGAUUUGGCAAUAUUAUUAAUAUUCAGGAAUAUUUAUUGGCGAAUAUACUUGAAAAUAUUCACGGAGGGGGUUCUCGCCUCAAAAAGCUGCCCGAGUUGGCAAUAUUAUUAAUGUCCAGGAAUAUUCAUUGGCGAAUAUACUUGAAAAUAUUCACGGAGGGGGUUCUCGCCUUAAGAAGCUGCCCGAUUUGGCAAUAUUAUUAAUAUUCAGGAAUAUCUAUUGGCGAAGAUGCUUGAAAAUAUUCACGGAGGGGGUUCUCGCCUCAAGAAGCUGCCCGGGUUGGCAAGAUCAUUGAUAUUCAGGGACAUUUAUUGGCGAAUAUGCUCGAAAAUAUUCACGGAGGGGGUUCUCGCCUCAAAAAGCUGCCCGAGUUGGCAAUAUUGUUGAUAUUCAGGAAUAUUUAUUGGCGAAUAUACAUACUUGAAAACAUUCACGGAGGGGGUUCUCGCCUCAAAAAGCUGCCCGAUUUGGCAAUAUUAUUAAUAUUCGCGAAUAUUUAUUGGCGAAUAUACUUGAAAAUAUUCACGGAGGGGGUUCGCGCCUUAAAAAGCUGCCCGAUUUGGCAAUAUUACUAAUAUUCGCGAAUAUUUAUUGGCGAAUAUACUUGAAAAUAUUCACGGAGGGGGUUCUCGCCUCCAAAAGCUGCCCGAGUUGGCAAUAUUAUUAAUAUUCAGGAAUAUUUAUUGGCGAAUAUACUUCACGGAGGGGGUCCUCGCCUCAAAAAGCUGCCCAAGUUGGCAAUAUUAUUAAUAUUCAGGAAUAUUUAUUGGCGGAUAUACUUGAAAAUAUUCACGGAGGGGGUUCUCGCCUCAAAAAGCUGCCCGAGGGAGCUGGCAAUAUUGUUAAUAUUCAGGAAUAUUUGCUGGCGAAUAUACUUGAAAAUAUUCACGGGGGGGGUUCUCGCCUCAAGAAGCUGCCCGGCUUGGCAAUAUUGUGAAUAUUCAGGAACUUUCGACGGAUUUGGCAAUAUUCCUAAUAUUUUUGGAAAUCUCGCGCAAAUCUCGCGCAAAUCUCACGCAAAUAAAAAGCAUGCAUUUGCGGCGCUUUUCUGGGCGUCUUCCAUACCCAGACAUUUUUACACUUGAUACCCCUCCGGGGGUUGCUGGCGAAACUACAACUACCGCAGAUGCAGCAGCUGCCCCUAAUGCAGCCAAAAAAGCCGCGGACACUGCUGGUGCUGUGCCAUACCUCACGAAGGCGAACAUGCACGAGAAGCUGCCGCGGUGCCUGCGAAACGAGCCCUACGAGUUACCGUGGAGGCACGUGUUUGCGCGGAUAGCUUCCGAGGCCGCGGUAUCAAAUGCAAAAAUGUCUGGGUCUGGAAGAAGGCGGGAUUUGUCAUGCUAGUCGGGCAUGACACGGAGCUCUGUAUUGCGUGGCCAGCAAGAGCUCCUCUUAUCUGUCAUGCAAAAACGCUGUUUGUCAUGCGGAAUACGCAACAGGGAGCCAAGGGAAAGGGUAAAUUUGUCAUGCCUGGCGGCGCAUUGCAGUGUGCUUUCGUUUCACUGACAUGCAUCACAAAUUUCCAGACCCAGACAUUUUUACAUUUGAUACGCGGAGUGUCUACAGACGUCGCCGACCGUACCCGGAAAACACGCCAUGGCGACGGGAAUUUUCACAAAUCUGUUUGUGGAAUAAUAGAAGGUCGUAAUUAAUAUCCUCGUAGAUGUAGAUGUAGAUGUAGCUCUAGUUGUUGAAAAAUGUUGUGGAGGACGAGAGAAACGGAAGAAAUUUGAAUCCUGAAUGCAUUUUCCAAUGACAUUGAUAAUAGGUCCAUGAACAUCUUCGAAGAAGUCAGCUUGUGCUGAUACGCACGAGCUGUUAUCCAUAUUUCACUGCGUCGUGUACGUCUACGGCGUCAACAAAGGCAGCACUUACACAUCGUACAAACCGAUCGUCGUUCAAUGUCGUACAAAUCGUUCAGAGUAAUUAAUAUACCCAGACCUUCGUCUUCGUGCAGCACACAAGUGUAAUAAACGAUGCGAAUACAACUUCCAUGCGGUUUUGUUUGGUAGAAGUACCCAAUGAAAAUUCUGUAUCGCGAUAUCAAAAAAGCACAGGACACCUGAGCAAAUUUUCUCGCAGCCCGACCAUCAAAUCACCAUUUUGCUCCUCCCAGCAACUGCUUAUUUGCUCGUCGCAGUGACAAGACUUUAUUUUUAUAGAUAUCCGCCAACUGUACCACUAGUACCAUCUUCACGAAUUUGCUUUUUCUUGUUGAAUCGUCAGGAGACAGACUUGGUCUUCACCUUCGACUUGUUCUUCACCUUCAGUAAGUACCAUCUUCUUCGACUUGUUCUGCACCGUCAGGAGACAGAAGGAACAGCGCUUUUUAGUACUACGCGAAGGAGAAAAUAAACAAGCACGACCAUGUCGCUGUCCACGUUGCGGCGGGUAGCUCCGGCGGUGCUACUCGACUUUUACACCAGUGAAAACAACCUGACGCAGGGCUUUCAGGUCGUUUUGCGCCGGGCAGGGGAACAAGAUGACGGGGACACGUGCGAGAACAAAAGCGACGAAUGGCUGCCGCUUUGCGAAAUGGGCAAGGACUGUGGCGUGUUUAAACAAAUCGAGCAAAUUGGCGAGCAGAAGCAGUGCACCAUCUCUGGGUUGAAAAACCAGGCAGUGCUGGGCGGGGCGUUAAUCAGAAGUCGUAACAAGUGUGAGCAAGACUGCGCGGACACCCCCGGCUGCCUCGGUAUCGUGCAGCGGAUCCGCGCCCAGCGCGACGCGUGUGCUCUGAUGCGUGGCGCCGAAGAUUUCGAACCUAAAAUCGAUGGAUCGGCGAAUGCCAUUCAGCUUUCGAACUUGCAACUAUCGAUACCGUUGUUCGGUAUCAGCCGCUAUUGCGAUCCAGAAACGUUUUGCGGCUGCGAAGCGAUGCGGGAAAAGUGGUUGCCUGAGUGCGGGGCAGAGGAUUGCGGCACUUGGAAGACAUUGGACGCGGCGGCAGAGGACGCGGGGUGUUGGGUGGAGGACACGGGCGACACGAACGCGGGCAGCACACCCCUACAAGACAUGCUGACACACCUGGCAGAUGGAGAAGGAGGCGACAAAGAUCGCGAGCUGUGCAAGCAGGAGUGUGAAGACAAUGAUGAGUGUGUGGGAAUCGCGCAGUACUACAAGAGCAGCAUCAUUCGCCCUUGUGAAAUGUUCCUCAAGAACAGCUAUCAAAUGUAAAAAUGUCUGGGUCUGGAAACUUGUGAUGCUGGGUGGCGUCUCAUGAUGAGGCUACAGAUGCUGGCUCAGCAUGACAAGUUUCUGAGCUCCUAGGUGUUGCCAAUUCUGCAUGACAAACUGCGCUUCUGCAUCACAGAAAAGCGGAGCUCUUGGGUAACGUGCAUGACAGAUUGAAGAGCCAUGCCAGACAAGCAUGACAAACAUGAAUUCUUCCAGACCCAGACAUUUUUACACUUGAUAACAGCGUCGGCAUUGCGGGCCCAAACGACCUGAAAUUGACGACAUUACCGUCGAACAACAAAGUCACGGGGAUCAGUCGUUACUGCGGGAAAUGCGAGACGGCUCCCGGACCUGUGGGUGGUGGAACGGGGAUCGGUACGCCGGCUCCCGGACCUGCGGGUGGUGAAAGCAGUACGCCGGCUCCCGGACCCGGACCUGCGGGGGGUGAAAGCAGUACGCCGGCUCCCGGACCCGGACCUGCGGGGGGUGACAGCAGUCCGCCGGCUCCCGGACCCGAACCAGCGGGUGAUGAAAGUUCGCCGCCGCCCGGAGACGUUGCCACCGACACUCACGUCACUGGCGCGGUGGAUGCUUCAAAGCUCGCGACCCCGGCCCCUGUGGUCGCCUGCUGCUAGAAAAGGCGAGGAACCUACUUGAGGUGGAAGAACAACAGCAAAGGUGAAAGGCACCAUAAAGUAUGAAAAAUAAAAAAAUGUAAGCAAGUGUGCCAGGAGUAGUUAGCGUCGCGUUGCGUCGUGUUUCUUUUUGUUUUUUCUAUAUUUUGCACGACAGGAGGGGUGAACGUGAAGGUGGUAUCGCUCUCGCUGUCGCGAGCUAAGCACGUGCUUGAUGAUUGCAUUCAUAAGCGCUGUAGUCAGUGCCAAGAUCAUGGUCCAGCAAUGUUUUUCGAGUCGCCUUUUCAUUCUUCGCAACGUAUUCAGCUUUUUCUUUUUGCUUUACAAUGUAUCACUAUUUCUACAUCAUUUUGCUGCUCUCGUAUCACGAGGAACUACUCUAUUUUGAUUUUACAUUGCAAUAUAAAUAAGUAUUUGAAUUUUUUUCCACUAGGAGUUUUUCUCUACUACGACUCAUUCCGUGUGAGAAGUGUGAGCUGCACCACCCCUAGAAGUUUUACACACAAGUCCCAAAAGAAAUCCUCCCAGAAUUGGAACCGUGACCACCCACGUCACUGCGUAAGAACCCAGAAAAAAGCACAAGCAUUUUUGAUUUUUUCUGCCACCCUGAGGAAGCAAUUGAAAUGUGGCGGAUGCAAGAUGAAACAAGAAAGGUAUGAUAGAAUGUAACCGAUGAAAACGACGGGAACCCCGCCGCUAUCUGCUAGAUCCAGCU